UCUCGAAGCGGCUGCUGCGUAACAAACGCAGCAGCAACAUUAACGUUAACCCCUCGCGUUGCCAUGGCGACGGCCGCCAAGAAGCGCAAGAUGAACUUCUCGGAGCGCGAGGUCGAGAUUCUCGUGGACGAGAUCGAGCGGCACAAGCACGCGCUGCUCGCGCACUACAACGCGGGCGUCACGCAUGCGCGCAAGCGCGGCGCGUGGGCCGCCAUCUUGGCGCGCGUGAACGCGGUCACCACGUGCCCGCGCGCGCUGCCCGAGCUGAAGAAGAAGUGGUCGGACAUGAAGACGGAAGUGCGCAGGCGCGUCGGCGCGGCCCGCGCCGCGGCGGCGCAUGCGCACGCCGUCCCCGUGGUGCUCAGCGCUCCGCAGCAGCGGAUCUGCAACCUGCUCGGGGAGGGGCAGGUGCUGGGGGCGGGGCCUGAUGAGGAGGGGGCGGGGCCUGGGGACGAGGGGGCGGGACCUGAGGAUGAGGGGGCGGGGCCUGAUGAGGAGGAGGAGCUGGACGACGCUCUCCCGGCCGGUCCGGAUAACGUCUGUGUUCCGGAUAACGUCUGUGUGGAAGCUAAAUCUCUCCACGCAGAGACCUCCUUCCAGGGCCUGGAGGACGGCGGCGUGGUGGAGUUCUGCACCACCACCACCUCGUCCACCCCCGACCCGCCUCCCCCUCCGCCGCCGCCACGGCCGCAGGAACUGCGCAGCCGCAUCGCCCUGAACUCGGCGCGCCUGCUGCAGGAGCAGCGGCUCACCAACGCGCACCUGCGGCAGCUGGCGCUGCACCUGGAGGCCGGAAACCGGCAGCUGCUGGCCGGCCGGCGGGCCCAGGAGAGCCAGGCCCGGGCCCAGGAGCGGCAGGCCCGGGCCCUGGAGGGGGCGCAGGCCGCGCUGCUGGCGCUGGUGGCCGCGCUACGGCCCGCGCUGAGGGAGCUACGGGGCUUCCUGGCGGCGGGGGCGGGUCCCGGGGCCCGAGACGCCGCGGGGGCAGAGCCUGGAGCCGGCCGGCCCGAGACGCCCUAG